AGAGAGAGAGAGAGAGAGAUGGCAAGUAGCUAUUGGUACAAGGAUGUUCUGCCGUUUUCAGCCAUGGUUGCAGUAGAAUGCACUAACGUCGGCGUAAACACCUUAUAUAAAGCAGCAACUUUGAAAGGGUUAAGCUACUACGUCUUUGUUUUCUAUUCCUUUGCCAUUGCUACUAUUGUUCUUCUUCCCUUGGUCUUCAUCUUUCGCCGAACAACAGGGCUUCCUACAUUCCAGUUGUCUCUCCUCUAUAGAAUUUUCCUACUUGGAGUGAUUGGGUUUCUAGCUCGGUUAUCUGAGUAUAUAGGUAUAGAAUACAGUUCACCGACUCUUGCUUCAGCGGUCAGCAACCUCACUCCGGCUUUUACCUUCAUACUUGCAGUCAUUUUCAGGAUGGAAGUUCUAGCUUUGAGAAGCUCAAUCACUCAGGCUGAAAUCAUGGGAACUUUAGUAUCAAUAUCAGGUGCAUUGAUAGUAGUUUUCUACGAGGGCCCUACAAUCAUAUCAAUCGCAUCUCAAGCACCACCCCUUCCACAUCAUUUUCCAUUGGGCUCAUCACAAACCAAAUGGGUCAUAGGUGGCCUUUUACUUGCAGUUGAGUAUCUUCUGACUUCAAUCUGGUUCAUUGUUCAGGCCCAAGUUAUGAAGAUAUAUCCAGCAGAGUUCACUCUGGUCUUUCUAUACUUCUUGUUUGCGACAAUUGUAUCUGCACCAGUAUGUUUAAUAGCAGAAAGGAAUUUAAGUGCUUUUAGACUAAGGCCAAAUAUAGCACUAGCCGCUAUCGUAUGCUCGGGAAUUGGUUUAUCAUUAAGCACUAUUGUUCACACAUGGGGCUUGCACUUGAAGGGGCCUGUGUAUGUAUCAAUCUUCAAGCCAUUGUCAAUAGCCAUUGCAGCUGCUAUGGGUGUCAUAUUCCUUGGUGAUGCUCUCUAUCUUGGGAGUAUCAUUGGAGCAAUUAUAUUAUCAAUUGGGUUUUAUGCUGUCAUAUGGGCAAAAGCUAAAGAAGAUUUGAGUGAGGACUCUUGCUGUGUUAGCCUGGGAUCUGCAUCAGAUGGUAAGACCCCUUUGUUGGAUAGCAACCUGGGAUCUUCAAAUAAUGGCACUGAUUAG